AAUGUAAAAAUAUACUCAGAGCUUCUGGGCUAUUAAUAAAAAAGCGCUCGGGUUUCUCCGCCCACAGAAAAGUGGACAGAAGGACAAAAGGACAGAGAGACAGGAGGACAGUAAGAGAGAGAGACGUGGGGUUUAACACAAACGCAGGACGGUUUUGAUUUUGCAUCACGGUUGAUGGAGGGAGGACUGAAAGCGCAAAGGUGUUUUGCUGCAAGGAGUGCCUGUAUACAGUAGAGUUUCUAUCCAAUCAGAUUGCAGCCAACACAUCGCGUGUGGUCAGGGUCAAAGGAGGCGAUGUUGACAUUAUGUGUUGUGUUGUUCCUGCUCCUGCCUGCAUCAUCUCUGGGCAACAACUGCUCUGAACACUGCAAAGCCUGUGGAGGACCUGAAAGAAACCAGUGCCUGCAGUGUCUACCAGGGUUUACGCUGCACGACAAUGUGUGUGUGGACAUUGAUGAGUGUGGGACAGAUUUGGGCAAGUGUCCAGAUAACACCUACUGCAUCAACACACAUUCUACUUACGAGUGUAGAAGUUGUGACCGGGCGUGUAUGGGCUGUAUGGGCAGUGGUCCUGCUCGCUGUAAGAAAUGUGCUCCAGGCUACAGAUCCUCUAAUCUCAAGUGUUUAGACAUAGACGAGUGCAGUGAAGAGGUGUUGCCCUGCUCAGAUAUCAAUGCUCUGUGUGUGAAUACUGAAGGAUCAUUUCAGUGCACCUGUGCACCAGGUUUUACACUCAAAGGCACGGUGUGUGUGAGGAACCAGACUCCUGUCGGAGAGGAACCUGGCUUGUUCGAUGAUCUUCAGGAUGACGAGGUGGAGGUGCUGAAGCAGAUGUUCUUCGGCGUGAUCCUGUGUGCUCUGGCUACACUAGCGGCUAAAGGAGACAUGAUGUUCACCUCAAUGUUCAUUGGGGCUGUGGCGGCUAUGGUGGGCUACUGGCUCUCAGACAAGAGCGAUCAGCUGUUGGGCAGUUUCCUGAGGGGCAGAUAAAGUGCCCAGGAGGGCAAAGAGGACAGAGACUGAGAAGAGGAAAAGGACAACAGCAUGGACUGGAACUCCACAUUAUACUCAAUAUACUUUUUGCUACAUGUUUGUAUUAAGUGCACACAUUUAGGUUGAUCCUUGUGAGCAAUUUGAGGUUAAAAACAGCGAUUAUACAUGUAAUGUAGACAUUAGGGGUGUAACGGUACACAUAUUUGUACAGGACUAUUUUGUUAGAGGGUUUUCGGUACAUGCGUAACGAGUACAAUUCUUGUUUUACAUGCGGAAGUGUUCCAAUCUAAUUUCCUUCAUGAAAUUAAGUGGCGAACCACAAGUGUGUUUAGUUUCCGCCUCGCACUUCGAGCCCAGUGGACUGGAACUGGAAACGUGAUUUGUACUGUGCACGUAAAGAAAAUGCAUGAGUUUGCCAUUGACAAUGUUUUUAUUACAGUCUAGAGAUAUGGAUUCUUUUACAUUUUAUGUACAACUUCAGGAAUGUAUCUAAAACUCUUUUUUAUUUUUCUAUAACAUUUAAACAAUUUCUUUUAUUUUAUUGAAUACAUUUACUAUGUUCCUGUUUAUUCAAUUACUUUAAUCAGUGAAUCAGUAUAAUAAAAGUGUACUGCAUUGAUUUGAUCUAAUAAAUUCAAAUGUUUAUAAAUUGUAAACUGCUGAUGUUCACAAAUGUAAACAAUAAUAAAAUACAAAGUUAAUAAUUAAGACAAGUGAUAUUAUGUGUAUUAUUUCUUCCCCUGACUGUUCUGAAAUUAAACUGAACUGUGAAUUAAAAACUGAGGUACAAACCGAACCGCGACUAUUGUGUACCGUUACACCCCUAAUAUGCAUCAAUCAGAUAGAACAUGAAUCAGAAUGAAUGUUAAAUAAAUUGGAUAAAAACUUCUUGA